AUGGCCAUCUCCGCAGAUGCAGCUGUUGUGGAACUUCUUGAUAGCAGUAACUAUGUGGAUUGGAGUGUAUUGGUUAAAAAUUACUUGUUGGCUCAAGACCUUUGGGAUGCAGUGGAAGAAGAAUAUGAAGACGAUGAAGAAGAAGAAGAAAAAGGCAUAUCGAAGAGACGGAAAGAAGAGGGAGGAGGAAAGAUAAAGAAAAGAAUAGAGAAAAAAAAUGUCCUAAGAGCAUCCAUAAUGGGCUCCCUAAAUCACGUCCUUAAACAAAUUUUAGGGAGGAAUUGUAAAAGUACAACUCCAACCAUACUCUCUAUCCACUUCCUAAAAUAG